AUGUAUGGGGUGAAUAAGUUGUCCCUCUGGGUGAUGACAGGUCUGUUGGCCGUCACAACCGUCUUCUUUAAUGUCUACAUCUUCUUGAUGAGUCUGUGGAGCUACAGGCAGAAAAAGAAGUGGAGUCCCAGUGAAACCAUCAUCCUGGCUCUGUCUUUGGCCAAUGUGGCUCACCAGCUGGUCUGUUACUUCUGGAUGAGCAUGGACGGUGUGGACAGUAAGUGCCGCAUUGCCGAGAUGCACUACACCGUCAUGCUGCUGUUGAUCUACAGCCUCAAGUUCACCAUCAUGUGGGACACUAGCUUUCUCACUUUUUACUACAGCACCAAGCUGGUUACCACACCCAAUCACUGCUACACACAGAUCCAGGCUGCCAUCCUCAAACACGUGGGCUUGGCUGUGUUUCUCAUCCCUCUGUGCGGCUUGGGCACCAGCAUGCCGAUGCUAGUGGUCUUUCACCAUGAAAACUUCACCGUGGCCAUCAAAGACUGUGGGGUUUUAAUGCCCAUCACUCACUCUGAAGAGGUCUACCAAGCCAUGUUUCUGGUCUUCGCUGAUGUGCUGCCAGGGGUGAUCAUGGUGAAAUGCUGCAUCUCCAUCUCCGUCCACCUGUCAAUCCAUCUCCGCCACAUGAAGGCCAGUGCAAACGGAGCCCACGGCCCAAAGCUGGGCUCUCAGAUGAGGGUGAUCCGGAUGGCCUUAUCACUAGUGGCCGUCUUCAUCCUCUUCCUCGUGAUAGACCUGUACGUACACUGCGAGAUAUCAGUGAACCACAAGAACAUCAUCACACUCACGUUCUUCUUCACGUCCAUCUACACGACAGUCACCGCCACAGUGCUGAUCUACGGAAAAAAGACUUUCUGGAAAGCUCUGAUACAUGAUUUUAAUGUCUGCCUGGAUGAAUAUCCGUGUUUGUCUUUUCUGAAGGUGCCUGAACAAAAGGCCAAACCCAGCACUACUGCACAAGGUAAAACCUGA